UCAUCCUCACCAUGCUAUACUAAAGGCUCAGCAACCUACUGCGGGACGAGGCCGCUGAUAGGCAACCUCCACCAUUGGCAGUGGGUGGGAUCAUGCGAGGUCGCCUGGACCAGGAGGGAGACGGCGGUGGUGGAUCCACGACUUCCCUCGUUCCGAUCGACCACGAGAAUGAGUCAAACUUGGAAGGUCCAGGUGCCAUACCGCCGUCAAGUACAAGCCAAAUGAUCCAUCAACCUGUGGCGCCUGGCCUGCCCCAAUCAUCGAAUCUGAGCGCGAUCCCCCAGAACCCGCCGGCUGCUCAUGACCGACCCGAGGAGACCAAAAGCCGUAUUGAUACCACCAAUCUCCUCUCACCAGUUCUUCAGCUCAAUGGACAAGAAGUGGGACCACGGAGUCCCAGUCGCCCUCGAACGCCAUCCGCGGUAGAGGUUGAGGAUCCUGAGGGCAACAAGGUAUUCAUCUUCCAGGACAAUGAUUUAACAAAUGCAAGGGCUAGUGCUACCGCACGGGAUACUCCGAAGAGCCUCUACUCUCAACCUAAGAGUGGAAGUGAACAUAGCUUCGCGAGUAUUCAAACAGUCAACGACCUUGGAUUCUCGAGACAGGAAACUGCAAAGACCACCGCUAUUUGGAGCCCAGAGUCAUUGCAUCCCAACCGGGUCCAUGCCACCAGUGGCAUCGCCAGCCCGGACCAACCGGGCGAUGAGUCCGGGGGAAUACCAGUCGCUGCUCAAACGAAGCUCUCUGCUCUCCCGAGGCUCAAUAAGUUGUUGAGGUGGUUCUGCUGUCCCAAGCCGAAGGACCCUGCUCAAACGAGGCUCAAUAAGCUUUUGAGGGGUUUCUAUUGCAAACCAGGGGACUCUGCUCGCUUGAAGUUCAUUCCCAUUAGCGACAUCGAGAGGUGUCUGUCUGAAGAGAAUGUGCAGGAUGUCUUGAGGCAAGAGAUACCUAGGGCAAAUCUCGACGAACUAACGAAGAGAAUAUGCGGAGUACCAUCCCGCCGCCGACUAUUCGCUAUUUUGGUACUAGGCAAUAAGACGAGCUGCAUCAAGUGUUUGAUUGACUCGGAUAUCGACGACUCUGACCUUCCGUUCGUCAUCGUGUCGCAGGCCUCAAGCUCGGAGUCGGUUUACACCAGGACUGGGAAACGGAUCAAGUGCUUUGACGACUGGGAUGACUCCGAGAUAGAAUGGCUGCUGGGCCAACAACAUGCCGUGGCAUGUCCGUUUUUCGACCUCGGCUCAGGGGACCUUUUCUUCUAUGAUCUGCCUAACGACGCUGUUCUGCCGUUUGUCGAGGCUGAACUGGCCGGUGAAGGCGGCGAGGCGAAGGUCCAGAAAGUUCUAAUCCAUCCGGCGCAUCAUAAUUUCCCCGGCCAGGCAGGGGUCGAGAAACAAUACUUCGCCGUUAGAACACUUAAAACCGAGAACAAGAGAGAAUACGAAGCAGAGGUUGAGAUACUUCGGAGAUUUAGCGGGCAAAACAAAAGUCACCCGCAUCUCGUCCGACUUCUACUCACUUAUCAGCACGGAAAGAGUUUCCAUAUGGUUUUUCCCUGGGCUAAUGGGAACCUGUGCGACUUUUGGAAGACAAACAAUCCACCAGAGAGAGGUCAUGCUCUGGCAUGCUGGAUGCUCUCCCAAUGCCACGGUAUCGCCGAUGGUAUACGAGAGAUUCACGGCGAGAUCCCGGACAGCGGCCUAGGUCCGGACGACAACCUGAAAAACACGGGCCGCCAUGGCGACAUCAAACCCGAGAAUAUUCUUUGGUUCAAAGGCCACAACGGAAGCGAGGACCACCUUCGUAUAACGGACUUUGGGUUCAGCGUAUUCCACCGUUACGUGUCGCGCUCUAGAGACCAAGUACCUCGGGGUGGGUCUCCCAGUUACCGGGCCCCAGAGUGCGAUCUUCCCAGGGCGACGAUUUCGGUGAAGUUCGAUAUCUGGACGUUAGGAUGUCUGUUCCUCGACUUCAUCACUUGGUAUCUCCUUGGCUUGGAAGCUGACGAGAUAUUUACCGAUGCUCGCGUUAAGGAGGACAAAACGGUUCCAGUUCACAGCUAUAUGUAUCCAUGGUUAGCCGAGGACAAGUUCUUUAUACUUUCAGUUUCCGGAGACAAUAGCUCCGUUGUUGCGACAUUGAAAACGUCGGUUCUCGAAUGGAUGGACAAGUUACGGGCGCUCGAUCACUGUCCCAGAUUUGCGCAUGAUUUUAUCAGAAUCAUACACCAAGGCCUCCUCCAUCCCGAUAAAGCGGCAAGAUGGGACGGCCGCAAGACUGUUGACGAGCUGGCCAAGAUUCUCGAUAAGUGCCGUAACAGUGAGGAGUACUGUGUUGAACCGUAUAAGAGCAGGGAUGGUCCACUCGAGGCAUUCACUUUCAUUGUAUGCGGCUCUACCUCCCAGCGUGAGGCCAAGACGACUAACUUGACAACCCACUUUUAGGAUUACUUUUCUGAGUCCUCCAGGUCUAGCAUGCACGCCAGCCCGCACCGCGAGCAAGCUGGAAGCGCAAGCCCUAGCCCCAGAAGCCUGAGUCCAGCGAGCGGACAGCCCUCGGGCAUUUCCACACCCCCACGGGAGCCCCAAGAGUUGGAAUCGCUCCCUGCCGGACCGCUCGACGGUCGUCCGCAGUCUACAACGGAAGAAGGGCAUUGUGGCAAACGCAGCACAGCGCAGGCCGCAGCCCCUGAAAUGCCGGCUACCACCACCGGAAUGCCAGGCCCGGACCCCACGCCGCGGGUUCCGGAACAGGGGAUAGCCGCUACAGGCACCGACAGCACUAUCAUCACGGCAGGCUCGACCUCGCAGCGGCCUCUCCUCGACGCUCCCGGGCCGGGAUCUCCCGAACCAAGUCCGGCAGGGAGGCCAAAGAGGGUCUGGAGACA